AUGUUAAUGCAGGCAUCCUCAUUGGAGAUGGCAAAAUCAUUCAUUUUGUUUCAAACAAAUAAGAAUGCAAUUCUUGCUUCUUCUUCUAAGAGCUCGGAUCAUAGUGGUGGUGAAAAGACUCCUUGCCCCGGUGAGUCGUAUUGUAGAUCAGAGAAAGUACCCGGAAGUGGAUCUUGUAUCGUUUGCUUCGUUAGAAAAAGCUUCCUUUACAGAUACAAAUACAAUGCAAGUAGCAAGUUCCGGAUUGCCAAAGUUAGAGCUGGAACAUGCACCACUGCGAGUUCCGAUCCACAAGAAGAAGUGAUGCAUAGCAAGAACAGAGCUACUAUGGGGCAGUGGGAUUUUGCACAUUAUUGCAAGACCGGUUUAUGGAGCAAUGAUAAAAAUCAUCAAGGAAGGAGUAGCCGAGCCAAUAUGGUAGACGGAUACCUGGACAUAAUUAAAGAGCUUAUUCAGGGAGGCCCGAUAGAUCAUGCAUCACUUAUUCCGUGGUUAGCAAUGGUUGUACCAAAAUUUUUUGCCAAACGAGAGAAGAAUGAUUUGGGGAAUCGCAAGGAUGUUUUCAAGAUUGAUGUAGAUAAUAAGAGAAAUUGUCUUCUUUAA